AUGGUGGAGAAACUGAAGAAGACAAGAAUCCACGUUACUCAAUAUUACGCUGGUCCUGGAGAUGUGGAGUGUGGCGUCUGCACUGGAAGAAAACAGAAAGCCGUCACGUCCUGUCUGGUGUGUCUGAACUCUUACUGUCAAAAUCAUCUUGAUCAACAUGAGAACCUAUUCAAGGGUAAGAGACACAACUUGAUAGAUGCCACUGGACGACUCCAGGAGAUGAUCUGCCCUCAACAUGAUAAAAUGCUGGAAUUUUACUGUCGCACUGACCAGAAAUGCAUUUGGUGCAUGGUGAACGAACACAAAAACCACGACACUGUAUCAGCUGCAGCAGCGAGCAAUGAGAAACAGAAACUUUUGAGGGAGACACAGAGAAAAUGCCAACAGAGAAUCCAGCAGAGAGAGAAAGAUCUUCAGGAGCUGAGAGAGGCUGUGGAGUCUCAUAAGCACUCUGCACAUUCAGCAGUGGAGGACUGUGAGCUGAUCUUCACUGAGUUGAUCUCAUCCAUUGAGAGAAGGCGCUCUGCAGUCACACAGUUGAUCAGAGAUCAGGAAAAGGCUGCAGUGAGUCGAGCUGAAGAACUCUUGAAGCAACUGGAGCAGGAGACUGAUGAUCUGAGGAGGAGAGAUGCUGAGUUGCAGCGGCUUUCACACACCAACGAUGACAUCCAUGUCCUCCAGGUAACCGAAAUCUAG